GUGAAAGGGGUGGUUUUUCUGCUGUAACUCAGACUUUUGUGGUACACAGCUGAGUUUCGGCUGAUUUGUCUGGAAAAAGCCAGCUGAAGAGUUUUGCUGUGUCACUGCUGGUAUGACGGUGGACUGCAGGAGGGAGGCUGUCGGCUGGCAGAGUGAACAAACAAACAGGAGUUUAAGCAAGAGAGGCAACACUCAGCAGAUUUUCUCCUGAGAAGGAGGAAGAGGAGGUGCAGAAUUUCACCCAAAGUCCACAUUUCCUACGGACAGAUUUGGGCAUCAGUCCUUUUCCACGCUGCUCCUAUUGGCGAGCGUCCCUCGCUCAGCAAUCAGACCUGCCAGUGUGGGCUGUGGGGAUUGGCUGGUCUGGGCUGCAGUGAGGAUGCAGCUUUCUGGAGGAUGUCAGUGCUGCACUUUCCUGCCUGCUGAUGCUGAAAGCAGGAGACAGUGGAAUCCUUUGUAAAUGGACAUGCAGGGACUCCUCUAAAUUUUAUUUUGACUUUUUUGCAUGGUUUAUCUCUGCUGAUCUGGACAUCUUUGAAAAAGUUUCAGAGAGAGAAUGGCAUUCAUCCGGAGAGCAGCGCCGACUUUCUAUCUGCUGACUUGUCUCAGUGGUCCAGCUCUUUACCGUCAGCAGAUGCGAGGACAGCGAGCAGAAUGAGGCUGCAGGACUUCCCGGCUGUCCUCUUUCACAGACUUUUUGGCAGAGCUCAGUCUGAGCCAGCCGAGGAGAAACCAGCUGAAAAGGCUGGUCUCCAGGAAAAACCGUCAUGCUCUCCUGGAAGUGAGGAAACGAACAGUCAGAAUGUUCUGCCAAAGAAGUCCACACUUGUAAUCAUGGUGGCAGCACCUACCGAUCUACAGCAGAAAAUAGUGAAAGCAGGAGACAAGGACCUGGAUGGACAGCUGGACUUUGAGGAGUUUGUUCAUUACCUUAGAGACCACGAGAAGAAGCUCCGCCUGGUCUUCAUGAGUCUGGACAAAAAGAACGAUGGUCAGAUCGACUCACAAGAGAUCAUGCAGUCGCUGCGUGAUCUGGGAGUGAAUAUUUCUGAGGAACAGGCCGAGCAGAUCCUCAGGAGAAUCAGGAAGGGCCAAAUCUGGGCCCCUGUUCUGUCCAUGGACAAAAACGGAACCAUGACCAUUGACUGGGACGAGUGGCGGGAUUACCACCUCCUGCAUCCAGCAGACAACAUCCCUGAGAUCAUCCUGUACUGGAGGCACUCCACGAUCCUGGAUGUUGGAGAGAGCAUCAUCGUUCCUGACGAGUUCACAGCCGAGGAGAAGAAAACCGGCAUGUGGUGGAGACACCUCGUGGCUGGAGGAGGAGCCGGCGCCGCAUCCCGAACCUGCACGGCGCCACUAGACAGGCUGAAGGUGCUAAUGCAGGUCCACGCCUCGAGGAGCAACAGCAUGCAGAUUGUCGGAGGGUUUGGUCAGAUGAUCCGAGAGGGCGGCGUGAGGUCGCUUUGGCGAGGAAAUGGUAUCAAUGUCAUCAAAAUCGCUCCCGAGUCUGCCAUCAAGUUCAUGGCCUACGAACAGAUUAAAAGGCUCAUUGGAAGUAACCAGGAGACUUUGGGCAUAAUGGAAAGAUUCGUGGCAGGCUCGCUGGCCGGCGCCAUCGCUCAGAGCAGCAUCUACCCCAUGGAGGUUCUGAAGACCCGGUUAGCCCUCAGAAGGACCGGCCAGUUUUCUGGGAUCAUGGAUUGUGCCAAACACAUCAUCCAGAAGGAGGGCGUGGCUGCCUUCUACAAAGGUUACGUCCCCAACAUGCUGGGGAUCAUCCCAUACGCCGGCAUCGACCUGGCCGUCUAUGAGACCCUGAAGAACUCGUGGCUGCAGCGGUUUGCCACAGACAGCGCUGAUCCUGGAGUCUUUGUGCUCUUGGCUUGUGGCACCACCUCCAGCACCUGUGGGCAGCUCGCCAGCUACCCCCUAGCCCUGGUCAGGACCCGCAUGCAGGCUCAAGCUUCUCUGGAGGGAGGUCCUCAGAUGAGCAUGACGGGGCUGUUCAGGCACAUCGUUCGGACUGAGGGGGCGCUGGGACUUUACCGAGGCCUGGCCCCCAACUUCAUGAAGGUCAUUCCGUCUGUGAGCAUCAGCUACGUGGUGUACGAGUACCUCAAGAUUGCACUGGGAGUGCAGUCCAAGUGAGAACAGAAGCAGGACGUCGGGACGUCACCUUGAUGGACGAGGAUGGAGGGAAACGCAGAACUAAAAGCAAAGUGUCUGUUUGUUCUCUUACUUGAAGCAUUUCAGUAGUGCCCCCUGAGUCUUAUUCCAGCAUGAUAAAGUUUACAUCAGCUCCUCCCGCCACAGUGGUUGGUGAUUUGGAACGUCCAGCUUGCAGGUCUUGAAUGCUUAACCCCAAACUGGAUCAGAGCAACCUGCAGGUGAAACAUGUGAUCGUGUUUCACUCCAUUGCUUUUUGUAACUGUGGCUUUCAAUCAAACAGAAACGGGCAGCUAGAAGGGCUGAGGUGCUGCGUCGGGGGUCCACUGAUGCUCCGGCAGCAUCUCAGUGGAACACUGACUCCUCCUGAAGACUUGAAGGCAGCAGGACAGAGCUGCUCAGACAGAAGGAAUGUUCCCUUUUUUUAAUUGUAAGAUUUGACACACUAAUGCUUUAAAAAAUAAGAAAGGCUUCAAAUUUGCUGAGUAAAACCAAAGAGGAAAAUCCUCUCAGCUUAACGGUUUGCUGUCAGAUUGAUGAUCAACUUGAUCAUGAUCUUCAGAUCUCUGAGCUCCUGGAUUUGCUGGGAAGGCCUGAAUGUUUCCCUCUUUGACAGCGCUUUGAUGAAGUUCAGUGGUCAACAAUAAAGGGGGUACUUGAUGUUCCCCCAGUUUUUUUCUUAGGAUUUCUUAAGUAAUACUAGUUUCAUAUUCUGUGUUGAUGCUGCCUAAAACCCUGAAAAAGAUCGGACGACUUUUUCACGUGUUUUGAUGCCAAAGCUUUAAAGAGCUUUGGCAUUUUUCUCUUAGCUCCUCCCACCACUCAUAGAUCCGUCCGUCACUCCGUCUGUCGUCCCGCCCACAGCGGGUUUGUUACUUGAGUUUUUGAUCCUGGAUGCUGUGGGAUUGUUUUCGGUUACGCCUCAUGUCUUUGAUCCUGAUCCUGAUCCUGAUCCUGCUGUCGAUCCUGGCCCCGCGUCAUCAGACGUGCCAGAGAACGAGCCAUAAUGACCAUUUGAUUGGGAGGAAAUGCAUGCUGGACUCGGCCUGAUCAAAGAUCAGGAGGUAACACAAACUAAUACUCAUUUUUUAUUUUCCUUUGUACUUUUUGAAGUAUUUUAAGUUAUGUUUUAUCACUCCUAUAGGGUGUAUGUUUAACAUGUGUAUAUUUUGCUGACUGAGGUUCCUGCCUGUGUUUGCUAGAAAAAAACAUUUAGAUUUCUAAAGUUGAUACUGGGCUAAUGAAUAAAAACAUAGAAGCAAGAUGCAAUGGAAUUCAUUUGUCAGUAUAAGGAUAUUUACCAAUAAAAAAGCGUAAAAAAGCAAAUAAAUAAGGAUUUAAAAACGUUUUUAGCUUCAUAAAAACUCACUUAGUAGUUACCAGUCCUAAAGGAUCUGCAGGAUAAAGAGGUUCACUGCACACAAAUGUUCUUUUAGAUGUCGAUCUAUCAUUCAGAGACACUUGAACUUAUUUCCAGGUUUUGCUUUUAGGUUGAUGCUAAAUGAAGGUAAAUUUAGAGUUAAAGUGGUUUGAUACAUAUUUGCAAAUCUAAGUUUCUGUAGAUUUGCAGCAUAUUUUAAAGUGUGACCCAUCUUAAGCUGUGAUGUCUUCCCUUUGGGUCCACAUUUAUUCAGAUACAUGUUGUAGUUGUAGAGAUAUCCGACACUUCUGUCCAUACGGUGACUGUCUGCAGGUAUACGAGGUUUAGUUUGGGUCAAAAACUCAUGAAAUGUUUGGAAGAAGCUCUCCAGCAGAGAUAUUCUUUCAUUUGGUCUUUUGGAGACUGAGCUGAGAACAACAAACAGACUAAAAUCAACAUCAAGACAGGACUGCAUAUGAAAGAUUCAGAAAGUUUGAUGAAUUUCCAAACAUUUUAAGAAACUCAAAAAACAAAAUAAUGUAAGUUUAAAAAACAUGUUUCAGUUAAUUGUUUUCUUAAAAUAAUAAUUCUUGUUUUUUUGUUUGUUUUUUGCUUAUUUAAAGAAAAUUUUCCAAUAGAGAAAGCAUAUUUGACUUAUUUCUAAGGGGUCUGUUUUACACUGCACACUUCACUUUUCUCCUAUCCAAAUCUGUAUGACGUACCUUUAAGCAAGGCACUAACUAAAAUCCUACAUCUGGAACAGCAUAAGUACCGAUAACUCUUCUUUUUCAUAUCUAUAGACUAGUUUAUCCUAUUUUUUAACAAACGUGUUCAGAUUGACAAAGACUAAGAAAGUGAUCAGCUUUUGAUAACUAAGGAUAAAAAGAAAACUCGAAAACAGAAUCUUAAGGUAGUAAAAAGACCCUUGUUGCAAGAAAAAAUGUCUUAUUUUUCUGUCUUGCAAGAAAAAUUAUCUUAAGGUAAUUUUUCAAUAGAAAAAUAAUCUUAUUGAGAACAUUUUUCAAUAAAAAUGUGAUUUUAUUUAGGACCUUUUUCAAAAGAAAAUUAUCUCAUUAAGAACGUUUUUCAGUAGAAAAAUGACCUUAUUGAGAUUAUUUUCCAUUAGAAAAACAUGCUUAUAAAAUGCAUUUUUUAAUAGAAAUUGGAUCUUUUUUAGGGCGUUUUUCAAUGGAAAAAUUAUCUUAUCAAGAAUUUUUUUUUCAAAAGGAAUUUGAUCUUAUUUAGGACAUUUUUCAAUAGAAAAUGAUCUCACUAAGAAAGUUUUUCAAUAAAAAAAUAUUUUCAUUGAGAUUGUUUUCCAAUAGAAAAAUAUGCUUAUUAAGAGCGUUUUUCAAUAGAAUUUGAUCUUUCGUAGGACGUUUUUCCUUAGGAAAAUUAUCUUAUUAAAGUUUGUUAAUAAAAAAUAAUCUUUGUUUGAGCAAACAUGUCAUAGUGACUCGUAUAUUUUUCUUAAACUAAGAAUUCACAGUCAGACCUUAUUUUAUUUUAUUUUUGCUUAUUUAAAGCAAAUCUGCCAAUAAGUCAGGAGUUUUAGAGGUAUUUCUAAAAGGGCUUGUGUUUUGCAGUGCAGGAUAAGGAGUUUGACCCUGUUGACGGCGUUACAAUGCUAUCCUGGUUUUAUAGAAUGAUAUCUGAUCUCUGAGAGCUAAAACAAACACUUUUGCCAUGAGGUUUGCUUUAAAACGGUUCCCACUUUCUUUGUUAUUGUAUUUAUUUAUUGCAAAGAGAAAGAAACAACACUGUGUGGUGAAUUUGUAGUAUUUUGGAGUGCUGAAUGAGUUGCCUUUUAAUUUUAUAUCAAAGAAACCUGCGAUCACUUAAUGCUUUUAGCUUCAUAAUUAAAUCAACAUGUUUGUUUGUUAAUCCAGUAAGGAAAGCUAUAGAAACAGGAUGAGUGCAAACAUUUCUUUAAAGCAUUAAAACGUUUUCAUCUAAAGAUCUAAUUUGUGUUUUAGUUAUUUGCUGCUGAGCUGUUCCUCUGGCAGACAGAAUGUGCUGUUAUCAACAUGCUAUCAAACAAAUAAAAUAUUUUCCAGUACCUGA